GCACACUCCUGCUUCCUCUUGGUAAGCUAUUUGAUGUAGCAAAUCCGUGUUAGCCAUUCUCCAUAUAAAUCAUCUGGCUUCACUAUAACAACUCUUUUAUUUUCUUCCCAUGCCAGCCUAUUUUCAGCAUCUGACACCUCUGUUGUUUUGGCCUUUUAACGUCUCUGACUGUGGUAGCAGAUUCAUGUUCUGUGAUCCCAGUGGCACCAUGCUAGGCUCCUAUGAGGGCUUCUCUGAGCUCAGUCUCGGUCAGUUGCCAAGUCUACAUGAUAUCCUCUGUAUGAAGUAGGUGUGUCAAAUGUGGAGGCGAGGCCCUCUUCUGUAAAGGAAGGCAGGCUUAGGUUGUGUCCAAGGAGAGUCCUGCUGCUACUAGCUGUAGGUGUAAUACGAGAGGGUGGACACUGAGGAGAGUGCGCAGAGCUGGGCUGCCCCGUGGGUUUCCCUCCUUUGUGAGACUGGAGGCUGAGUGAUCGUGGAGCAACGUAAGGCAUCUUUUUCUUCUGCUGUUGUUUAUUUUCCUGCCUCUUGCCUGCUUUGAUAUUUGUUACCUCCAACAUAAAAUUUUAAAUUCUGGAGUUUUUAACCUGAUGAGGGAACUUUCUGGCAGUUGUAGAGCUGACCCAACUCUGUCCCAGAAAGACGUGGAGCAGUGACAAUAUGCUCUCGCAUGGUGUUCAGGCUGUUCUAUUUGGAGCAACUUACACAGCUGCAAUCACUUUUGCCCUCCUAAGUCCUUUUAAUUACCUUCUACUUCUUUGGUUAACUUCUAAAGUUGUCGUGGUGUCAGAAUUUCUCUUGUCAAGCUGCACUUCAGUAGGUGAGUUGAAAAGGAAUGCUUUGUUGGUAUAAAUCUUUUCCUGCCAACCCUUUGCCACUGGAGUGGGUUUCUUUUGUUUACUCAUCACAGAGCGGCCAGGGCUGAGAGUCCUGCCCUUUGUGGACCUUCGCUCCCUUGGCUCCUGGGGAAUACGCCAUUUUCUUUCCCCACCCUACCCCAGGCAAGCUUUGGUUACUAAACCAGCUGAAGGUCAGUUUCCCAAAUCCUACUGCUCUUACUAACACUGUCCCUGUUUCUCAUCCUUCCUGCCAUCGACAAAGCCGGGUAUCCCAGCCGCGCAGGUGGGUAUUGGUGGUGUAGCCGAGGCAGAUGCGGCUGACGCUGUUGGGUUCCCUGUCCCCUCUGACAUGGAAGACGAUUACGAACCUGAGCUGCUGUUAAUGCCAACCAAUCAGCCAGUCAACCAGCCCAUUCUGGCCGCGGCUCAGUCCUUGCAUCGGGAAGCUACCAAGUGGUCUAGUAAGGGCAACGACAUCAUUGCAGCAGCCAAGCGUAUGGCUCUGCUGAUGGCUGAGAUGUCCCGCCUUGUGAGAGGGGGCAGUGGUACCAAGCGGGCACUCAUUCAGUGUGCCAAGGACAUCGCCAAGGCCUCGGAUGAGGUGACCCGGCUGGCCAAGGAGGUUGCCAAACAGUGCACAGACAAGCGGAUUAGAACCAACCUCCUACAGGUGUGUGAGCGAAUCCCAACAAUAAGUACCCAGCUCAAAAUCCUGUCCACGGUGAAGGCCACCAUGCUGGGCCGGACUAACAUCAGCGAUGAGGAGUCUGAGCAGGCCACAGAGAUGCUGGUUCACAAUGCCCAGAACCUCAUGCAGUCUGUGAAGGAGACUGUGCGAGAAGCAGAAGCGGCUUCAAUCAAAAUUCGAACAGAUGCUGGAUUUACACUGCGCUGGGUUAGAAAGACGCCCUGGUACCAGUAGGCACCUCGCUGGACAUGGCUGGCACCGAAGUCCAUACUAAAUAGAAGGAAAAUGAUCAAGUCCUGGGAGUCACCCAUAAUGGCUGGGGCUUUAGUCACAACCUAGCCCCUCAUGUCAGAAAGGAAUGGGGGCUUCUUCAUAUUAGAAAACAUUUAUACUUUUUUUUUUUUGUCAUGGACACAUUGAGAUGUGUCUCCAUAUAGUCUGAUUUCUCAAACACAGUUAUCCUUGUGCACACUCUAAGGCAUUUUGGGCUUCUAGCCCAUGGACUUCACAUAAGCUCAGAAUUCAAGAGUAAACACUAGCCAGACACCUCUCUGCCCUUAUUGUUGAGGGGACACCUCUCUUUCUGUUUGCCUUUUACUGGUCCUCAUCCUCCCUAUAGACUCCCUGGAUCCGGAGGGCAAUUCACUUAAGGAAAUCACUGUGCCUCCAAACAUUAUUUUAGGCCUUCCAGGUUGCUGCUGACCCUGUCUGCCUUUCCUGGUUCUUCUGCAGAAGUGAGCUUUGCUGCUGCAUGGGAUGGUAGCCGCUGGGGAGCUCUAGCAAACAGGGCCUGAAAUCAUUUCCUGCCCUUCCUCGAUUUAAUCCUUUUCUCAGUUUAAAACCAAAUUUUACUGUCCGGAGGUAAUAAAAUCACAAUUCUCUCUCUACCAUGCCCCUGAACUGUCCAUGUUAUGGAAACUGUCCCCAGUUCUGCUUCGGCCUGCCAAGGCAGCCGAUCCCAUGAACACACUGUGUUGCUGGUGCUCUCUGCUGCAGGAGGGACAGAGUGGCCGGGUGUGGUCCUGCGCAGCCUCCUUGCAGGGCCACUCCCAGGCACUUCAUGCUUUGUCACUGCCUGCAGAGGCUUGUGCUGAGGCCUUAUUCAUUCUUAGCUCUCAGCUGUUCUGAGCUGAAAUGCUGCAUUUAAUUUUUAACCAAUCAUGAAGAAUCAUGACCAUUUUAGUCUUCCCUCACACCUUACCCUAAACAAGAUUUUAAAGUUACUUAGGUAUUUGUUCAUUUUUAAUCUUGAAAGACUUUUAUCCUCUUGAAAUUCAGUCCUAUGAAUUAGUGCUUCUCCCCCAAUAGCAUUUAAUGGAAAAGGAAUCCUGUCUGAAGGCCGUUUUUCAAUUAAUUGAGAAUGUUAUCUGCAGCCUAAAAUUUGGGUGCUGCAGAAUUCAAUGGGAAGUGACUCUUGUUGUUCAUACCUCCCUUCAAUCAACUGCAACUAAGCCCCUGACAUCCUCUCCCAAGUAUUCAAGAGUAUAAUGGGCACAGCAUUUCACUGUCGCA